AUGGAUCGAGUAUCCUCCUCCUCUAGCUGUUCUUCGAGCAGUUCCGAGUCUGAUUCCUCCCCCACCUCGGUCAUUGAAGCCCCACUGCCGCCAAUUCACUCAUCAGCGAUCAACCCCGCGCUCGAUGUUUCUUCUCAUUUGGAAGAAUUCAAUGACUCGACUUUCUCAACUCCCAAACUCGAUUUGAACCAUAAUGAUUCCACAGAUCCCACGAUUCCGCCAUCGAUCGAUUCGAUGAGUUUUCCCCGGCAGUUGUCCAGCUCGUCCUGCGAAAACAUGCCAAUCGCCCCUCCGUGCUCGCUCUCCGCCUCAUCGGAAAAUUUAACCGCAAACACAGGCACGACAGCUCCGUUCGAUACAAUGCCGCUGCACAUUUGCGAGUAUUGCGGGAAACGCUUCCACAUCGCCGGCUCCCUCCACGCGCACAUUCUAGUGCACAGCGAGCACCGCGCUGCCUGUAGAAAAGUCCAGCAGCUCGAGGUUUCGCGAAAUACAAAUGGCGGCGGCGAGCAUGACACACCUUGUCGCCGAAGCUCCUCCAGCCACCACCAUCAUCCGCGGCAGCUUGUUCAUCAAAGUUCAGGGCGGCCAGGACGGCUCACGUGCCCCGACUGUGGCAAGUUCUACUCGAGCAAGUCCAAGCUCAGAAUGCACCAGAUGAAGAAACACUCCAAAAACAUGGAAAUGCACGUCCUCAUCUACCUCUGA